AUGGUGGUGACCAAGGACUGGGCGGGGCUGGAUCUGGAGGCAGCGGAGAAGACGGCGAAGCUCCUCUCGCGGAAGCUCCAAAGCGACGGCAAUCGAUGCUGCCGCUAUUCCUGGCCGAUGGGGCCGCUUCGCACCUGCCGAGUUGCUACUCAGAGUAGUGCGGUGCCACCGUGUAAAUCACAAAAUCCCCCGAAUUCAACACAUGACACGAUAAACCUCCGAGAACCUCCUGCGCCGCCGCACCCGCGAUUCUCCCCGGCCGCCGGCGCCGCCACCGUCUCCGGCGAUUCCUCCGGCAGGAUGCCGUCUUCUUCCCUCCUCCUCCCGCUCCACCUCCCGCCACUCCCCCCGCGCUUCGCCUCCUCCCGAUACCCACCCCCCUUGCUCAGAGCCCCACCACGGCUGACCCCGACGCCUCGCCUCGCCCUCCCCCCACUGCGCCUACGCGCCGUGGCGGCGCGCGCCAGCGGCGAAAGGGAAAUCCGAGUCGCGGAGGGAAACGGCCGGCGCGCCAUCCCUAUCGCGCGGUGCUACGAGGCGGGCCUCGCGCGGCUCGAGGUCGCCGGCGCCGCGCGGCGGGAGCAGGCGGUCGCGGCCGCGGCGGCGGCCGACGGCGGGGUGGCGGCGGCCGCGCACCUCGGCGCUGGAUCCGAGGCCAUGGUUAUGGAGGCCUUCCUCCCUGGCCCUGGCGGCGCCGCGUCCACUCGAGUGAUUUUGCAAGCCAAGGAAGUUCAAGAGAAGGCCAGUAAGAUAAAGAAAGACUAUGGUGAUGAUUUCUUCUCGGAAAACGAACCCGAUUCCGAGAGUAUUUUGGCCAUGGCCCUUAAGCAAGUUGUAAUGGAGAAGCUCGCGAACUUUCGUCUAGAAGUCUUCUCUCCAGGUUCAGAGAGAGAUUUCGAAGAUUGGAGCAAACCCCGAAAGGUUCCUGUGGAUUUUAGCAUUAGUUCAUCAGAUGGAAAACUUCUAUCUGCUCUUGCUGAAGCCAUUUUCUCAUGUGUCAUUGAGGAGAUUGGGGGUCCUGAUUUUGUUCUUUGGGCUCAUGAGUUCAUCCCUUCUUAUAAACUGCAAAUUAAUGCCGCAGCAUUCAAGAAUACAGAGCUUAAAGGCUGUCAUGAGUUAACAAAUAAUAGGCGGGAAGUUCUUGUAUCCCACUUCCAACUGGCGGAACUAGGGAAUGUUCUUGACAUGUAUUUUGAAGAUCAAUUCACAUUACCUGGCAAAACUUUUCAUUCUCACUGGAAUGCAGAACCAUCAAAGAUUAGAAAGAACAAUGGUUAUCUGAACAACCUCUUUGCUUUCUUGGCUGGUAGCUCUGUUAUUCUUAUUGUUGGUGUCCUUGCUCAGUUAUUCUGGCCUCAGUCUCUUAAAGACAAAAGUUUGUUCAUGGGUAGUUCAUGCUCCUCCUCCUCAUCACAAAGAUAUUGUUCUGAUGUCCAUUCUCUGGAUAAUAGUGAGCUUGUAUACUUUUGGAACUACUACCCUUUUGCAAUGUCCAUCAGAACUACUUAG